AUGUGGCGUGCGCUGGGCCUCAUGCUGGGAUCAACCGGCGGCCUGGCCGCACUUGUGGGCCUCCGCCCCCUGGCCUUCGACUUCCUCCUCCGCCUCCUCUCUACUUUCUUGUCUGCCACGUCAGCAGCGCAACCAGCCCUCGUGUCGUCGUGGCCUUCACCACGACGUAGCGGCGCUGCGCUGGUGGCGUGGCUCUGGACCACGGGCGGCGUCGUGGCCGUCGCGCUGGGCGCCCGGCUAUGGGCUCAGCGCAGCAGACGCUACGUUGACGUAGUCGCCACCAGGCCACAGCCUACGUGCGGCGGCGGCGGCGACGAUGCGAUGACCUUCUCGCGGCUUGUGCACGAGGAGGGCCACCGUGAGCCCAAGCUCAUCGGGCGGGCGCAGCUGAGGCACUUGUUCUUCCUCGAGCUGGACCAGCAGCAAUGGACUUUCCAGCGCGUCAAGGAGCUGUGCGAGCCGUGGCUGUUCGCGCACCCUUCCUUGAUCGAACCCGAGGAGCUGGCGGGCCUGUUCGGCCGGGAGCUGGAGCGUCUCCACCUCUGCGAGCUGAUCGAUCUCUACUGGGACUGGCCGCUAUCCGAGUUUGUGGGGCGACUCGUGCCCGACGCAGAGCUGGCCGCACAACUGUGUCAUCUCCAGUAUCGCUACGCGGUCGCUUCCAAGUUGUGGGCCAAUUCAUGCAGAGCUGUGCACGACGACUUCGCGCAGCAGAAGCAGCUGGCCGACGACAUCUGCCGAGUCAAGGCGCACGCCGCUGAGCGCGUCCACAGCGCAGCAUCGGCCAAGCACGCGGCGAAGCUGGAGCGCAUCGCCGCGGCCCAGCAGGGCCUCGUUGGCGCGCAACUGGAUGACGACGAGAAAUGGGCCAGCGAGUGGCGACGGCUGCAGGCGUCGGAGGGGAGGGCGCGCCAACAGCUGGUGACGGCCGAUGAGCGCAAGGCGAGCGCAGUGGAGGACGCCACGACGGAGCUGCGGCUUCGAGUGCUGGUGCUGGAGCUCGACCGCGACCAGCGGCUCCGCAGCGUCAGCGAGCUGCUGGCUGACGAGAAAGCGCACCUUGACCGAGAGUGGCGGAAACACCACGCGGCUGCGCUCCUGCCAAGCGCACCGCCCCUUGAAGUGUAA